CGUAUAUGUGCGCGCGCGCGCGCGCGCGUGUGUGUGUGUGUAUGUCUGUCUGUUUGAGGGAGUGAGAAGGGCGUGAGAGCAAAGGUGGCAGAGGGAGUCAUAGUUCCCUACAGCCUUCACCCUAGAGACACUAGUAUUUGAUUCGCUUCUGUAUGAAACAGUGCUUCCCGGUUUAGCAGGAAGUGAUACCAAAAAGAUCAACAGGAAGGAAGUUCACAUUGGGAAAAACAUGGCUCCUACACACUGUGUUUUCUGACCAUGCGACUUACCAGUCAGUGGUAGAGAAACGUGAGCAGGAACCCUCUUCUUGUAGCAUACUCAUCGCUGGACCUCAGCUAUGGCGAGGGACGGAGACAUUCUUUGCCCGUACCUUACGUUGAACCCGAGGAAAGUGGUCAUCAAAGGUUGUGUCAAAGUUCAGAAAGGCAGGAGCUUCAUGCAACCACUGCUGGGAAGAUAUACGUGCUCAAACCAAAGCCAGGAUGUUAUACCACACGUGAGAGGUGACAUUGCUUAUCUGAAACGAGGAGGAUUUGUUUUACCGGAAGAGAGCGAAGUACCGAACCCAAGUUUACGAAAAACGCUGAGGCACGGGGGAAGAAAUGAGAAUACCGCAGAGUGCUUCCGGAAAGUGAAAUUCUUCCUGGAAAUCGCAACAGAGAAAAUGGAGGAGACACAGAAUAUUAAAACCAAAGUCACCAGCCCCAGAAACAUGAAGACGGAGAAGCAAAGAAGAGAGGAAGAAGCAAGACUUGUAUAUGAUGUGGCUGUACUCCGUGCCCAAAAACGAGCUUUAGAGUACCACAGACCCACCGUUCAAGCAGAAAGGAAAUGAAGAAAGCCCCGUCCAGACUUCUACGUGUGUGUAAGGCCAAGGAAGUUUAGUGGAAAAAUAAACGUUUUUUUCCUUUAA